AUGGAGGCCCUUGGCAGUGUGGUACACAUCUCCCUCCAAGCCGUCUUUGUUGAUGCCAAGGUUGGAUUCCAGACUCUUGAGCAGGCACAAUGUGUGGAGGCGAUGGAUGUGGAUACCCCCAGUGGCACCAACAGCGGCUCGGGCAAGAAUCACUUUGAAGUUAAAAAGUGGAACGCAGUAGCCCUCUGGGUCUGGGAUAUUGUGCUUGAUAACUGUGCCAUCAGCAGGCACCACAUUUUGGAUCUUUGUAUCGAAUGUCAGGCCAACCAGGCAACAGCUACUUCCGAAGAGUGUACAGUUGCAUGGGGAGUCUGUAACGGUGCUUUUCAUUUCCACUGCAUCUCUCAAUGGCUCAAAACGAGGCAGUUGUGUCUGUUGAGCAACAGAGAGUGGGAAUUCCGAAAGUAUCGGCAUUAG